GGCUUCAAGCCAUCGACACCCUCCCUACACUACCGCUCAUUCAUGCUAGGAGUCGACCCAUGGUGGGACCGACUCGCCCUCCUGUACCAACACGAAGCCAUCCGGCGCACACGCGCAACCCACGAGCGCGCCGACCUCACCCCUUCAGAGCGCCUACACGCCCAACACGAAUUCGAGCCGGGCGAAAUCGCACACGUCACGAGCGCAGGCGGCGUGCGCCUCGCGUUCUACGAGUUCCUGCUCUCGCAGGGCCUGGAGCUGCGCGGGGACGAGCCGCGGCGGCGCGCGGUCGCGCUGCAGCACGCGCAGCUCACGGGCAAGUUCGCGCUCGUGCUCGAGCGCCUCGGCGGGGGCCGGUAUCUCGUGUGCUAUCUCGCGAGCUAUGGUGCGAUUCGGCAUAGCAGGAGUAUGUCGCCUGUGAAGCAGUUUUUCAGUGUCGCGCUGGGGGGCGCGGGCGCGAGGAAUUGGCCGCCGGAUACGCCUGCGUUUCGGACGAGGCCGGAGUGGAAAAUUAGGCCGGGCGCGGGGAGCGGGUAUCUGUUUGUGUGUCCGGUAGUGAGGAGCGGGCUGGUGAAGACGACGGGAUAUCGGCGGGCCACGCUGAGGAUGGGGGAGCUGGACAGGCUCAAGGCUGCGUACCGGGAUAGGCUUACGGUUUUUGAUAAACAACAUCUCAAACUCAGGGCAGCUGAAGAGGAGUGGAUGAAAGUUCAAGAAAGGUACGGAAUCAACUUGGACUACUCGGAGCCGGAGACGCUGGCAGCGUUGGCACGGUUGCAACCAGACCAGAACGACCAGGAUGAGGUGCCCCCGGUAGAGUCUGCUACAGACGGUGCAAAUGACCAGCUGCCACCUCUAACACCGCUGAGGCAGAGGAAGUGGAUACCUCCGCCAAGGCUCGCUCAUUCCAAAGGAAACUGGAACUAUAUUCGAGAGCCUCUCCAACACAUCCGCCACGACCUUCUCAGUGCCUCACCUUACCUAGACCGCAUGCUGCCCUUGCCUUCGCGGAUUCCCUACCUCCCUCGGGUGCCGUUCCCAUACAGAAGAAAGCCCCCAGGGCUCUCCCUUUACCGGCGCUUGGUCUACCUUUGA